CAGACUCCGUCUCAAAAAAAAAAGAAAAAAAGUAAAAAGGCAUGUUGCAGGUACCUGCUAGUGGAAGUUGCAGCUUAACAGGAGGUAGGGCGACCACUUCUUAGAAAGGAGGAAAUGGGCCCUCCUGCUACAGAGACCUGCAAACAUAGACUGAGGCCUGCCGCAUAGGAGACUCAGAAGAGGCAAAGGUGAAUUAGAGUCAGGGUCUCCAAGUCAGGGUCUGAGUCUGCAGGUGGGGGUCACAUAUGAUGGAGGAUGUCAGGAGGGCUUCCUGGAGAUGGUGACGUUUGCCGGGGGGGUUUUAGGUGGGUUUUGCGAGACAGUACAGCCUGGCUGAAGAGUGUAGGCUCCUUAGACAGGAGUGGGAAUUCAGGCUUGAAAGUGAGUUGGUCAGAUUGCCGGGGUCCUCGAAUGCAAGGGAAGAAUUUCGACUAACAGAGGAACCUGGGAAGCUGUUUGGGAAAAAGAGUGAUGAAGUGGGAGGGGUCAUCCAGCAGAGCCCUGCCUUGGUGGGAGGUAGCGAGAUGGGAGGUGGGCAUUGGUGAGGGACGAUCCCAGUGGUCCAGGGGAGCAGUCAUAGUGUGGAAACUAACCUUGUGGGUCUGGGCAGCAAGGGACUGAUUUGAGACACGGGGAAGAAACAGCCAGUAGGACUUUGGUGAGAGGCCUGGGGGUCGGGGAGGGGGGUGCGGGGAGUGGGAGCUUGAGUCUUCGAAAACGGGCAGUGUUCCAAGGGGUAGACCUGAGGCAAGAUGUGGAGAGGCAGCUGAACUGGGAAGCUGGAACGGUGGUGUGGUCACCCCAGGAGACUGAGUCGGGGGGCGAGGGGACCCCGGGAGCCAUCCAGACCCCAGGACUAGGGAAUACGGAGGGGAGAAGAACCAGCUCCUGCGUGUCAGGCACUGCCCUCAAGGUCAGAUGGGGUGGGGCUGGAUACUGGCUAUGAGGAUUUUUUCAAGAACUCCGUUAAUAGUGAGAUGGGCGGACACCAGAUGGCGAGGGUUAAGAAGUGAGUGGGUGGUCGGAAACUAGAAGCUGCAGUGUAGACCCACUUUGAGAGGUUGGGCUCUUCAGACCGGGAGAAAGUUCACAGUUUUGAGGAGUUAGGUAGGUCAAAGGAAGAGGGUUUGCUUGUUUUUGAGAUUGGGGCAUCCUGAACGUUCUCCCAGGCCCAGUGAGAAGAAACCAGAAGAAAGAGGAACAUGUCACCCGAAUGUGCCAAAACAGCCCAGCAGCUGCGCUGCCUCACAGAAACUGUGCAGAGGCCCCUCUGUCCCACGAUGCCUGCCUGGGGAUGGCCUUCCCUCCGGCUACUCAGGGUUCCCCCAGCCUGUCCACCCAAGGGCGGCAGGGGCUGUGGGUGCUCCCAGCCCCUUUUGGAGGUCGGUCUGUGGGUAGGAAUGUGGGCUGCCUUGGGGCGGCACGGCUGCAGAUGCAUACCAGCCAUCAGAACAACCCUCCUGCUCCCCGGCCCGUCCCCCUGCACCCCCAUGAAGAAGCGCGGCCACCGGCCCGCAGAGGGGAGGGGAUAUUGUUCUUGGCAUUUGAUGGGAAGCAUCUGCUGCAUCCCGCUGGGGUGUUGCCCAGGAUGGAUUGGAAAAGAGUUGGCAGGAAGGCUGAGCCCUGUGCUCACAACCUGGCUUGGUGGUAGCCGAGGAGCUUGGCAAGGGCAGAGUGCAGGACCUGGGAACUGGGGGCCGGUGCAUGUGUGUGCACGUGUGUGUGUAUCUGUAUGCACGUGUGUGUGCUGGGGUGGGGAGGAAGCUGAGAAACCACAUCCCUUCCUCUCUACUGCUGUGUUGCUGCGUGCUUCAGCAGCACGUGGGUGUCACUGCACUUCCUGGCAGGUGUCAGCCUCCAAGACUAUCUGGGCUCUUCUCCCAGUUGGCUCAGUUGGAGGUGGGAGUCCCAACUGUCCCCUGUGGCUUCCAGAGUGGGACCUUGCUGCGGGAUAGGCUGGCCAGUGCUGCUCCCUCCCCUGUGACCCUUCUGUUGGGUGGGUCACCAGGAAGGACCGUGGGCAUCGCCCACAGACAGGUGGACAUGUGGCAAGGACACCUUGGGGCCUUCUUUCUGAUGCGCCUCGAAGGGAGCACUUUGUCAGCUUUGAGAUGAGUCUCUGUGGAUGUGGGAAGCUCACUAUCUCAAGAGCAGCAGCUUUCGAAAAUUCGACACAGACCCCCGAGUGGGGCGGGGGGGGGCGGGGUCCUGUCCCACUCACUGGCUGCCUGGCAGAGUUCAGCUCAGCUCUCAGCCUGUGUUUCUUCAUCUGCACGAGGAAGCGCCUGUGUUGCUAUGGGCGGAGGAAUGGACUGAGGGCUACAUUCGCUUCCUGUUGCCACUGUAACUGCUUAGCACAAACUCAGUGGCUUAAAGCAACAGAGAUUUCUUCCUUUACAGUGUUAAGGGUCAGAAGCCGGAGAUCAGUCUCACCAGACUAAAGUCAAGGUGCCGGCAGAAUUCAUUCCUGUCUCUUCCAGCUUUGGGCAGGAGGCGCUGCUGGAUUUCCUUGGCUUGUGGCUGCAUCCCUCUAGCCUCUGCCUCCAUCCUCAUACAGCCUCCUCCUUCUCUGCAGUGAGAUCUCCCUGUGCC